GCCGGAAGUGCGUGGCCGCCCGGGGCCAUGGCGGCGCUCGGCGUCGUCUGCUUGCUUCUCGGGGCAGUGUCCUGGCAGUCGGCCUGGGGCUCGGGCGAGGAGUUCUGGCCCGGCCAGUCGGCGGCCGACAUCCUGUCCGGGGCAGCGUCCCGCAGAAGGUACCUCCUAUACGAUGUCAACCCCCCAGAGGGUUUCAACCUCCGCCGGGAUGUCUACAUCCGCAUCGCCUCCCUCCUGAAGACCCUGCUGAAGACCGAGGAGUGGGUGCUGGUGCUGCCCCCGUGGGGCCGUCUCUACCACUGGCAGAGCCCUGACAUCCACCAGGUCCGGAUUCCCUGGUCCGACUUUUUUGAUCUUCCAAGUCUCAAUAGAAACAUCCCUGUCAUUGAGUACGAGCAGUUCAUCGCAGAGUCCGGAGGGCCCUUCAUCGACCAGGUGUACGUCCUGCAGAGUUACGCGGAAGGCUGGAAGGAGGGGACCUGGGAAGAGAAGGUUGACGACCGGCCCUGCCUCGACCCGCUGCUGUAUUCGCAGGACAAACACGAGUACUACAGAGGAUGGUUUUGGGGUUACGAAGAAACAAGGGGUCUAAACGUGUCCUGUCUGUCUGUUCAAGGAUCAGCGUCUGUCAUCGCGCCUGUGCUCUUGAGAAACACGUCAGCACGGUCCGUGAUGCUAGACCGAGCCGAGAACCUGCUGCACGACCACUACGGCGGGAAGGAGUACUGGGACACGCGGCGGAGCAUGGUGUUCGCCAGGCACCUGCGGGCGGUGGGCGAUGAGUUCAGGAGCAAAUACCUGAACUCCACGGACGAGGCCGACAGGAUCCCCUACGAGGAGGACUGGACCAAGAUGAAGGUCCGGCUGGGCUCCUCGCUGGGGGGCCCGUACCUUGGCGUCCACCUGAGAAGGAAAGACUUCAUCUGGGGCCACAGGGAGGACGUGCCCAGUCUGGGCGGCGCCGUGCGGAGGAUCCGCAGCCUCAUGGAGAGCCACGGGCUGCGCAGGGUGUUCGUGGCCACAGACGCCGUCAGGACAGCCAGUUCCCGGUCAUCCUGGAGGGCCGACGCCUGCCGGCGCCUGUGUGUCCCUGCUCAGUGCGUCCUUCUAACCCGCAGAGUACGAGGAGCUGAAGAAGCUGUUGCCGGAGAUGGUGAGGUUCGAGCCCACGUGGGAGGAGCUGGAGCUCUACAAAGACGGGGGCGUGGCCAUCAUCGAUCAGUGGAUCUGCUCCCACGCCAGGUUCUUCAUCGGCACCUCCGUCUCCACGUUCUCCUUUCGGAUUCACGAGGAAAGGGAGAUCCUGGGCCUGGACCCCAAGACCACGUACAACCGCUUCUGUGGGGACCAGGAGAAGGUGUGCGAGCAGCCCACGCACUGGAAGAUCGCGUACUAAGCCGGCGCCCUGGGGGCCCCGUGCCCUGCCCCCGUUUCACACGCAGUGGGCUCGCCGGCUUCCCCUGAGGACACACGUCGCCACGGGGUCGCUCCUGCCCCUGGCCAGCAGCUAGACAGACCGACCGUCCCGGCUCAGGGUCUCGGGCCCAGAGGCCACGCACGUGGGCACAGUGCGCCGCCUCACGGGCCACAGUGUGCGCCACGCUGCCCCUGGAGCUGCCGUUCCCCGGGGACUCUGGUGUGUGUUCUGUCAGGGUCUGAAACCCCCGUGUCAGCCGCCAGCAGGGCCGUACCCCGCAGUCAGGAGGGCUGUCCCAGUGAGUCGAGGGCAGGCCUGGCGUGGGAGCGGCGCCCACCCCAGGGGGCUGCAGAGCCGGGAGGGUCUGUGGGUCAGUCGUCGUAACUCCUGUGUCAGCCCCAGAGCAGAGCCCUUCGCUCUGUCCUUUCGCCCCGAGUGUGACCUCGUGUGAGCUGGAGGUAGGCGACCCGCCGCCUCACAGAGCCAGGUCAGGGGUGGGGGGCCUGGGAAGUGAUCCCUCUCCUCUCCGGGUCAGAGUGCUGGAAAGUUCCACGGCAGGUCUGCAGUGAUUUGGCCUGUUCCUGUGGAAACUGGUCCAUCUUCACACCGUUGUCCAGGUGGCUGCCUGUGCGUUUGUGACGGCCACUGCAACAUGCACCGACAGGGGCCAGCACUUGUCUGAGGAGCCCCCGGCUCGCCCCCCUUGCUGGCAGGGAUGGGGCUGGGAGGGGCCUGGCCGGUGAGCUGCUGUCCUCGGGCUCCGCCCUUCCCCGGGACCUGUUCUCAGGGCCUCAGGCUGCUGCCCCUGGUGGGGAGCCACCAGGCCCAUGGGUCGGCCCCACCCUGUCCCUUCGAACUGGGAGCCCUGACUAAAGCGACACCUGGGCGAAUGGCCGUGGGCGGUGCACGUGGGGCCCUUCUGCUGCGCCUGGAGGCCAGGACGCGGCGGGGUCGAGGCCCGUGGCCUCGGGUGCUCCAUCUCCUUCCCAGGCUUCUGACGUCUGCCCCGAACACUCCCAGGGCCCGGAGCUGUCACAGCUGUGCCGGGCGAAAUGAUGAAAUAUUUAUUCUAUUUCCAUUUGUACAUUCAAGUAUUAAUAAAGUAAAUUUUCUAGAAA